AUGCGGUUCAAGGCCGAGGUCGCCAGAGCUGCGAUGCUGUUUGAUGCCCGAAAGAAGACGCAAGCAACAAGCAAACGUGAACGUUCGACGUUGAAUGCGGGAUUGGUCUCACUUGAGCGCUCCGACAUCUUACACAUCCUGAUGGAUCCUCUUUUGAUGGCGCGUAACUGCGCCUGGUGGAACAAGACUUUACAAGGCUUGCAAGCCGUAGAAUCCGAAUCUUGCCCUGAAAUAACAUAUCCCCUCCUAAACCCCGUUCCGAUGGGCGCUUGA